UGUACCUAUUAAGUCAGCUGACAGUGAUUUCUCUGAAGGUCAUCUGUGUUUUCUUUUGAUCUACUUUAAAGAUUUAUCUUGACAUUGUUGAUAUUCUUGUCUUGCCACUGUUAAUUUUCUGUAGUUUCAUAUAAUGUGCCUGGGUACGAAUUUCUUUUCGUUUAUUCUGCCUGGUCUUGUAGCUUUGUGAGUUCGUCUCUUUCGUCAGUUCUAGAAAUUCUUGGCCAUGUUUUUUCUUACAAAUAUUGUCUCGCUCAGCAUCAAAAUCUAGAUUUCCUUAAACAAUAUCUUCCUAUCGUGAAUCUUCUCUUUGGUUGCUUUAAAUCUGGUGUUAACCCUUUACGUUGAGUUUUAAUGUUUUAGUUUCUUGUUCUGUAUUUUCAAGUGUGCCUGGUAGUUUUCACAGUCCUCUGCUCUGAUUAACGUGUUCAUCUCUGUACACGUACUGCCUCAUUCUACUCUACGUUGGAUUCUAGUAUCUGAACCCGCUAAAGUGGGCUUAUGCUCGUAAGGUUUGAUGGCCAGCCUUCAUAGCACUGUUUCUUUUGUAUUUUGUGGGUUUUGACUGAGCUUGUAUUGUAGACCUUUAUCUGUGGCAUCAUUAGAGACCCCAGGUUGUUUUUGCCAGGAGCACUGCCAGCUUGUGACCUUUUUAAAUGCUCCACUUAAGGAUUUUUGUACCAUCCAAGCGGAGUGGCCCAAAAUUCCAUAUGAAGUCUCCAUUGGAGUUACCACACCUCCAGGAAGAUUUCUUAGCUGCCUCCCCAUAGCAGGCUUUGAAAUAGGUCAUUUUCCUUGUGUCUUCUGGGGUGGGUGGAAGUGGAGGCAGGGGGCAGAAUUGUUUUUAGUUCAUCCAGAAGAUAUGGCAGUGGCUUUAUACAGGGCAUUUUGGAAAUAAAACUCUCUCUAAGAAAGGACUUUUCUUUUUCCUGUAUUCCUGCCAUUCCAGGUCCUGCCGGUCUCGAGCUGCACCAGCCUUCAUUUUACCCGCCUUGCUGGUUUCUCGUGUUCACUUCAUGUUUUUGACUCUUGUAUACGUCCUGCUGAUUUCCUCAGUAAUAGCACUUCGAUGCGUUUGUAGAAUCUGAAAAGUAUUGUAAUCUGGGACAUGUAGUUGUUUUCCACUGGAGAGUUGGCCCAAGGCACUGUCCAAAAGGACUUGUGGUCACGAGCAGGUCACACCUUGCAGGUCUUAAUCCUGUACUGACAGUUUGGAAUCAGUAAAUUUUUUUUUGUUUUCAUUCAGCUUAAAUUUAGGUUUCUAAAGUGGAAAGCUUUUUGUAUUUUUUUCUGGGAAAAAAAAUAUUUUAUAGGCAGGGUGCAGGUGGGUCAUUCUUGUAAUCCCAGCACUUUGGGAGGCCGAGGUGGGCAGAUCACGAGGUCAGGAGAUUGAGACCAUCCUGGCCAACCUGGUAAAACCCAUCUCUACUAAAAUACAAUAAAAUUAGCCAGUCAUGGUGUUGCACGCUCCAGUUAUUUGGGGGGCUGAGGCAGGAGAAUUGCUUGAAUCCCAGAGGCAGAGGUUGCAGUGAGCCAAUACUGUGCCACUGCACUCCAGCCUGGUGACAGAGUGAGACUCCAUCUCAAUUAAAAAAAAAAAAUGCUUUAAGCAUGCAAGAUUUUUAAAGUAAUUUAAACUGAAAACAAGGCACGAAAACUUGCAGGAUUUCUUUCCUUCGACCUAAUUAAUGUACACCCUUAGCCCAGUGACUUUUAGAACUUCACAUCUUGCCUUUAUCUCCCUCCUGAACUUACAUAUUUCUAAGUUCCUACCCUUUUAAAGUCUGCUCUAUGAAUGCAAGAUAUUUUUACAUUUUAUUUAUGUUUUUUAUAUCGUAUAUUUUGAACUGCAAACAGGGCACAAACCUGCAGGCGUUGUCUGUGUCCUCCAAAUCCCGGGCACUGCCAAGAGCAUAGUAGUUACUGAGGGGAUUGAAAGGAAUAAAUUUACUAUUUUUGGCUUUAUGGGUAUACUUGGACAAUAAAGUCGCGAACAGUGUCAAACAUGACGUUUACAAUCAAUCAUUCUUGUUCAUGGAGAUUGGUUUUUUAGAUCUUUCUACAUUUUGAUCCCCCAAAUCACAUAUUUAAAUGUGAACGUUUUGCCAAAAGAGGGCAGUAUUCACCUACAGUAGAACGUAAAGGGAACAAAAAUGACUGCAGUGAGAAGGAUGAACUCGUUUUCCUCCGAAGAUGGGUCCACUUGUCUGAUCAUCUGGGGCCAGUUUUCAUUCGUUUUCCUAUUACUUUUAAAUAUUUGAAACAUUUUUGUUUGAAAAUGUCAGUCCUUAAAGAUAGAGCCAAAAAUCUGUUUAAAAAUACCUGCUUACAGAAUGACCAAAAGGUAGACGUUUUACUACAAAACAUAUUUAUUAAAUUUUCACGUGUCCCCAAAGGGGACCGCUCACUUCAGGGAAACGUGGCUAGUUCAAACCACUGUUGAAAAGUGCAGCCAGGGGGCGCUGCUGCCACCGUGUCCCGAGGGCGCUCGCACCUGUUCCACGUCACAUACACACACCUGGGUUUGUCCGUCAGUCGUCUCUACAAGGAAGUGUGUGAGUUCGUGGGUUUAACUGUAAUGUUCAACAUUAAAGGAAGAAAUCGGAAGUAGCCCUUUUGAGUCUUACAAGAGUGAAAUGUGUUGGGGUUCAGAAGCAGAAUAUAAAGAAGGAAAUUAACCAAUUUUUAUGAGCAUAGUUUGGAGUAAGGAAUAUGUGCACCUAGAUGAACUAACUAGAGCUCUGCCUGCCCUUUAGAUUUUAUCUGUUACCUGAUAAAAAAGAAGAAAAGCUGUUUUGCGUUGUUUCAAUACAUUAUUUGGGCUUCAGAAGGACAGCUAGGGGCUAAAAGGCCGGGGCUUUCAUCCAAUGUGCAGUGGAAGCAACUUUGGGGAAAGUCUGUUUGCAUUAUGCUGCCUGAAACACGGUGUUUUAGAGAGAGGCUUUUGCACUGACAAGCUGCUCGUCCUCGCCUCUGUGAGUCCAGUGCCUCCUAGAGCAGCUGAUGCCCUCAGCCCUGUAAUGUGAUACCCCUCCUCCUGGAUUGGCCAGAGGGGUGUCCUUUCCCUGGGAGCCGCUUUCCACCACUGCUCCCAAACGUGGCUCAGCCCAGCAGCCACCGUCACCACCACCGCGGUUGCUGCUGCAGCUGCAGCUGCUGCUCUCCCUUCGGCUGCUGCUUAGCGUGGCCAGCAGCGAAUGGAGCGAUGGAGCCCAGACUGCUCUGCUGGACCAGCCUCUUUCUCCUGGCCGGGUGGUGCCUGCCAGGGUUGCCCUGCCCCAGCCGCUGCCUUUGUUUUAAGAGCACCAUCCGCUGCAUGCACUUGAUGCUGGACCACAUUCCUCAGGUGCCACAGCAGACCUCAGUCCUAGACCUGAGGUUUAACAGAAUAAGAGAAAUUCCAGGGAGCGCUUUCAAGAAACUCAAGAAGUUGAAUACUCUUCUGCUGAACAACAACCAGAUCAGAAAGAUUUCCAGAAGUGCUUUUGAAGGACUUGAAAAUUUGCUGUAUCUGUACCUGUACAAGAAUGAAAUCCAUGCGUUAGAUAAGCAAACAUUUAAAGGACUCAUAUCUUUGGAACAUCUGUACAUUCAUUUCAACCAACUAGAAACGCUACAGCCAGAGACCUUUGGAGACCUUCUGAAACUAGAGCGACUAUUCUUGCAUAACAACAAGUUAUCUAAAAUCCCAGCUGGGAGCUUUUCUAAUCUGGAUUCAUUAAAAAGAUUGCGUCUGGAUUCCAACACCCUGCUUUGUGACUGUGAUCUGAUGUGGCUGGGGGAGCUUUUACAAGGCUAUGCCCAUCACGGACACACUCAGGCUGCGGCCACCUGUGAAUACCCCAGGAGACUCCGUGGGCGAGCAGUUGCUUCAGUAACAGUCGAGGAGUUCAAUUGCCAGAGCCCCCGAAUUACUUUUGAGCCCCAGGAUGUGGAGGUACCAUCAGGAAAUACUGUCUAUUUCACCUGCCGGGCAGAAGGAAAUCCCAAACCUGAGAUUAUUUGGAUACACAACAACCAUUCAUUGGACUUGGAAGAUGAUACUCGACUUAAUAUGUUUGAUGAUGGCACACUCAUGAUCCGAAACACCAGAGAGUCAGACCAAGGUGUCUAUCAGUGCAUGGCCAGAAAUUCUGCUGGGGAAGCCAAGGCACAGAGUGCCAUGCUCAGAUACUCCAGUCUUCCUGCAGCCAAACCAACCUUUGUCAUCCAGCCCCAGGACACAGAGGUUCUAAUUGGCACCAGCUCAACUUUGGAAUGUAUGGCCACAGGCCACCCACAGCCCCAUAUCACUUGGACCAGGGACAACGGAUUGGAGCUGGAUGGAUCCAGGCACGUGGCAACGGCCAGUGGACUUCACUUACAGAACGUCACACUACAGGAUCAUGGUCGAUUUACCUGCCACGCCAGCAACAGCCACGGGUCUGCUCAAGCUGCAGCCAACAUAAUGGUACAAGCACCUCCACAAUUUACAGCAACCCCCAAGGAUCAAGUGGUUCUGGAAGACCAUGCUGUGGAGUGGCUCUGUGAAGCUGACGGCAGCCCACCUCCUGUAAUUGUCUGGACAAAAAUAGGAGGGCAGCUCCCUGUGGAAGGUCGGCCUACGGUUCUCUCCUCUGGCACUUUGAGAAUUGACCACGCAGCGCAGCACGAUCAAGGCCAAUAUGAAUGUCAAGCAGUCAGUUCGUUGGGAGUAAAAAAAGUGUCUGUGCAGCUGACGGUAAAACCCAAAGCUCUUCCAGUGUUUAUUCAACUUCCCCAGGAUACAAGUGUCGACGUUGGUAAGAAUAUAAACAUUUCAUGUCAUGCUCAAGGAGAACCACAGCCCAUAAUUACUUGGAAUAAGGAAGGUGUGCAGAUUACUGAGAGUGGUAAAUUCCACGUGGAUGGUGAAGGCACGCUGACCAUCUAUGACGCAAGGCACCUUGACCAGGGGAGAUAUGAUUGUGUGGCUCGGAAUUCAUUUGGCCUUGUCGUGACCAACAUGUUUCUUACAGUCACUGCUGUGCAGGGUAGACAAGCUGGCGACGACUUCAUUGAAUCUUCCAUUCUCGAUGCUGUACAGAGAGUUGACAGUGCAAUUAGCUCCACACGAAGACAUUUGUUUUCACAAAAACCUCGCACCUCCAGUGACCUGCUAGCUCAGUUUUAUUACCCGCGUGACCCGCUGAUUGUGGAAACGGCAAGAGCAGGGGAGAUUUUUGAGCACACGCUGCAGCUGAUCCGGGAACGUGUGAAGCAGGGGCUCACUGUGGACUCAGAUGGCAAAGAAUUCCGGUACAAUGACUUGGUGUCCCCGCGCUCUCUCGGCCUCAUCGCCAACUUAUCUGGAUGCACAGCUCGCCGGCUUCUGCCAAACUGCUCCGACCCGUGUUUCCACGGGAAGUACCGCUCCCACGACGGCACGUGCAACAACCUGCAGCAGCCCACGUGGGGCGCGGCGCCGACCGCCUUUGCGCGCCUGCUGCAGCCCGCCUACCAGGACGGCGUCCGCGCGCCCCGCGGCCUCGGCCUCCCCGUGGGCUCCCGCCAGCCCCUCCCGCAGCCCCGCCUGGUCGCCACCGUGUGGGCGCGCGCGGCGGCCGCCACCCGCGACCACAGCCACACCGGCAUGCUCCUGCUCUGGGGCCGGUUCCUGGAGCACGACUUGGACCACACGGUGCCCGCGCUGAGCACGGCCCGCUUCGCGGAUGGGCGGCCCUGCAGCUCCGUCUGCACCGACGACCCCCCGUGCUUCCCCGUGGGCCCCCGGCACGCGCCCUGCAUGCUCUUCGCGCGCUCCAGCCCCGCAUGUGCCAGCGGCCGUCCCUCCGCGAGGGCGCAGUCAGUCCACGCCCGAGAGCAGAUCAACCAGCAGACAGCCUACAUCGAUGGCUCCAACGUCUACGGGAGCUCGGAGCGGGAAUCCCGGGCUCUCCGAGACCCUGCGGCGCCUCGGGGACUCCUGAGGACAGGCCUGGCUUGGCCUCCUUCGGGAAAGCACCUGCUGCCCUUUUCCACAGACCCGCCCACCGCGUGCGCGCGACAGGAGCGGGACAGCCCGUGUUUCCUGGCCGGGGACCGCCGGGCCAACGAGCACCUGGGUCUGACCGCCAUGCACACCCUGUGGUUCCGGGAGCACAACAGGGUGGCCACGGAGCUGUCCGCCCUGAACCCCCACUGGGACGGAGACACGGUUUACCAGGAAGCCAGGAAGGUCGUGGGCGCGCAGCUGCAGCACAUCACCUACAGCCACUGGCUGCCCCAGGUCCUGGGGGACCCCGGCACGCGGCUGCUGAAGGGGUACCGAGGCUACAACCCCAGCGUGAACGCGGGCAUCAUUAACUCCUUCGCCACCGCAGCCUUUACACUUGGCCACGCGUCCGUCAAUCCCAUUCUUUACCGACUGAAUGACACCUUCGGUGAAAUUUCCGAAGGCCACCUUCCGUUCCACAAAGCGCUCUUUUCACCGUCCAGAAUAAUCACGGAAGGGGGCAUAGACCCGGUCCUCCGCGGGCUGUUUGGCGUGGCUCCUAAACGGCGGCCACCCUCCCACCUUCUCAGCCCGGAGCUGAUCCAGAGGCUCUUCUCCACGGCCCAUUUCGCGGCCGUGGACUCGGCUGCCGCCAUCAUUCAAAGGGGUAGAGAUCACGGGAUCCCACCGUAUGUUGACUUCAGAGUUUUCUGUAACUUGACUUCAGUGAAGACCUUCGAGGAUCUUCAAAAUGAAAUCAAAGAUUCAGAGAUUAGGCAAAAACUGAGAAAGUUGUACAGUUCUCCAGGUGACAUUGACCUCUGGCCUGCCCUUAUGGUUGAAGACCUGAUUCCUGGGACGAGAGUGGGACCCACACUUAUGUGCCUGUUUGUUACCCAGUUUCAACGGCUAAGAGAUGGAGAUAGGUUUUGGUAUGAAAACCCUGGAGUGUUUACCCCGGCCCAACUCACUCAGCUGAAGCAGGCAUCCUUGGGUCGGGUGCUCUGUGACAAUGGCGACAGCAUUCGGCAAGUGCAGGCGGAUGUCUUUGUAAAGGCAGAAUACCCACACGAUUACAUCAGCUGCAGCGAGAUCCCGAAGGUGGACCUGCGAGUGUGGCAGGACUGCUGUGCAGACUGUAGGAGAAGAGGACAGUUCAGAGCAGUGACACAAGAAUCUCAAAAGAAACGCUCAGCUCAACACAGCUAUCCUGAUGAGAAAGAUACGGAGUUAAGCCAUCUAAGAAGUGGGCAACAAGAUAAAAUGUAUGUGGGUGAAGAUACUAGAAAUGCGGCAGUUCUGGCAGAAACAGAGUUCUCCCAGGAUUUCAGCAAGUUCGCAGCAGAAAUUCGGGAAACCAUCACAGCACUCAGAGAGCAGAUAAACAAGCUGGAGGCACGCCUGAGGCAGGCAGGGUGCACAGAUGUUAAAGGGGUUCCCAGGAAGGCCGAGGAGCGCUGGGUGAAGGAAGGCUGCACUCACUGCGUCUGUGAGAGUGGCCAGAUCACCUGUACGGUGGAGACUUGUCCCCCAGCUCCCUGUCCCAGUCCUGAAUUGCUGAAAGGAACCUGCUGUCCAGUUUGCAGAGACAGAGGAAUGCCAGCUGAUUCCCCAGAGAAACGCUGAUAACCAUUUUGUGCUCUUGAGCCCUGAAUGGGAAAUUUCUCAGGAAGAGACCCUUAGGAGUUCAGCACUUUUAACUUGCUGUCUCAUCAUUGAUAUGGAAACCACUGAAUUAAGCAACUUGGCUCAUUUAAUCUUAGAUGUACUGAAGAUCUUUUGUCUUUUCUCAUUUUCUAAUAUGCCUUGAAAUAAUUCAGAACUAAAAGCAAUACAGUGCAUAAGAAGUGUUUUGUCAUAAGAAAUAUUUCUUACUGUAAGCUGUCGAUUUUAUAUAGCACACCUGGAAAUAAAAAGAAUAUCAUGUAAUAUUUA